AUGACGACUACAAUUUUCCCUAGAGAAACAGGACCUCCAGCACUUCCUGAAAUGGAACUUGGUCAAACGUCGUUGGUCGCUGGCAACAAGACAUCUGCAAACGCCCAGCCUGGACUCCAAAAACCGGGAGCACAACACCGUAUUCUAUCCCGGGAAGAGUGGGUACAGUUCUGCCAUGGCAUCGGUGUGCUGAAAGGCGACGAGAGCACAAAAGUUAUCCGUCCCACCUCUUGGUUCUGGCCUCCCAAGGGGCUCCCCAAUGGCCUGUACCUAGACAUACUUUGGGAAAAGUCCAAGUUCACGUAUUGGUUUCAUAUUCUCGCUUCCAUUAGAUGGACGUUGAUGAUCUUGCAACUCUCGCUCAAUGCCGUGCUCACUGCUCUCGGUUCCACUUCGACCAAGGACGGAGUCGUAAUCACAACCAUCGCCGGAGUCAAUACACUCUUCGCUGGGAUCCUUGCACUACUACACAAUUCAGGGCUGCCCGAUCGAUACCGUUCGAACCGGAACGAAUUUGCCAAGGUUGAGGAGUAUCUCAAGGAGAUUGUUGAUACCAGACUAGUUCUCGCAGAGGACUCAAUAGUCGAAGUGAUGGCCGCCUGCUUCGACAGAUUCGCAGCCGCCAGACUGUCGGUGCAGAACAACGUUCCGCAGUCGUAUGUACCAGCUACCUCGACAUCGCCGUCGAGAGUGGUCAUCUCGAAGCCUAUCGUCACUGACAAACACUAA